GAGGGGACGUUUCCCGUUCACACCCAAGGUUCCCUGGCGGCACCUAGACUUGGGCUCAGCCGCUGCCCCUUGACCCAUGGAGCCGGCUCUGGGGCCUGGGGUCCAGAAGGACCUGGGCUCCCUGCAGCAGUGGCUGAAGGCCUACGUGGGUGCCUUCGAGAGGAGCAUCUCGCUGUCCUCACUGGAGCCACUCAGGCCCGAGGAGAGUGGGUCCGCGAUCCUGCCCGAGGUGGGGGGCGCGAUGGGGCCAGGGCACCAGGACACCUGUGGCCUCUGCCAUCGUUCACUCCCCAGGAACCCGGAGAACCUGGAGGCCGGCUGGGGGAAGGUGCUGGUGUCCCGCGUGCUGGCACUGCUGACCCGGAUGGUGGCCAAGCUGAAAGGGCGCUGGCCACUGCCAGAGGGCCCUGGCCCGGAGCUGGAGGAGGUGGUGGCCCUGCAUGCCCUCCUCCUCUGUGAGGGCCUCUUUGACCCCUACCAGACCUGGCGGCGCCAGCACCGCGGGGAAGUCAUCAGUGCCAAGGAGAAGAGCAAGUACAAGUUCCCUCCUGCUGCUUUGCCUGCUGAAUUUGGAGCCUUCUUCGCAGAGAGCCUGCAGGAGGCAGAGCGCUUGCCUCCCAUGCUGCUGCUGCAGCUCAUCCACCUCUUUGGGGCCGUCCUGGCAGGAGGGAAGGCCGGCCCGGGCAGGACGGGGCGGCAGGGCUCUGGCUGCGGUGGGCGCUGCUGGGUGGGGUGGGCAGGGCUGACCCGUGGCCCCUCCACAGACGCCAUCCCCAUGAUGCUGGCCUGCGAGGACCGGCCAGUGCUGCAGGCCACCUUCCUCAGCAACAACUGCUUCGAGCACCUCAUCCGCCUCAUCCAGAACAGCAAGCUAUACCUGCAGGCCCGGGCGCCCCCUGAGGGGGACAGUGACCUGGCUACCCGGUUACUGACCGAGCCCGAUGUCCAGAAGGUGCUGGACCAGGACACGGACGCCAUUGCCGUCCACGUGGUCAAGGUGCUGACCUGCGUCAUGAGUGGCUCCCCCUCGGCCAAGGAGGUGUUCAAGGAGCGCAUCGGCUACCCGCACCUGCACGAGGUUCUGCAGAGCCACGGCCCCCCCACCCACCGGCUGCUGCAGGAGCUGCUCAACAUGGCUGUGGAGGGCGACCACAAGUGCCAGGGUCCUGUCCCCAGCUUCUUCACCAGCAGUGGCUCAGGGUUCGAGGCCUUCUUCACGGCGGCCGGGACCCUGGUGGUGGCCGUGUGCACCCGGAAGGAGUACCUGACCGUGAGCUUGCCCGAGGUGUCCUUUGCCGACUCUGCCUGGCACUGUGUGGCCGUCGUCCAUGUGCCUGGCGGGCUCUUCAGCCAGAACCUGGUGCACAUCUACAAGGACGGCCACCUGGUCAAGACAGCGCCCCUCCGCUGCCCCUCCCUCUCCGAGCCCUUCUCUUCCUGGCCCAACGAGACAGCACCCUUCAAGCCCGAGGGCGACCUGCAUGAACUCAGCACCAAGCUGCUCCUCCAUUACUCACCUCAGGCCUGUAAGAACAACAUCUGCCUGGACCUGUCCCCUGGGCACGGGCUGGACGGCCGCCUGACGGGCCACAGGGUAGAGACCUGGGACGUGAAGGACGUGGUGACCUGUGUGGGGGGCAUGGGUGCCCUGCUGCCCCUCCUGGAGCGAGUGGCUGCCCAGCCCCAAGAGGCCGAGGCAGGUCCAGCCGAGACGCAUGACCUGGUGGGGCCCGAGCUGACCUCUAGCCACAACACCCAGGGUCUGCCCCUUCCUCUAGGCAAGUCCCCAGAGGAGCGGAUGGAGAGGAACGCGGUGGCGGCCUUUCUGCUGAUGCUGCGGAACCUCCUGCAGGGCCACCCUGUGAACCAGGAGAGCCUGGUGCAGUGCCAGGGCCCUGCCAUCCUGGGGGCGCUCCUGCGCAAGGUGCCCAGCUGGGCCAUGGACAUGAACGUGCUCAAGUCUGCCCAGCUGCUGAUGGAGCAGGUGGCCGCUGAGGGCAGUGGGCCCCUCCUGUACCCGCUGUACCACCACUUGCUCUUCAACUUCCACCUCUGGGCCCUUGGCGACUUCGCUGUGUGCCUCGGCCACAUCCAGUACAUGGCCAGCGUCAUCCGCAAGCACAGACCGAAGCUGCAGAAGAAGUACGGGGUCCAGUUCAUCCUCGAUGCCCUGCGCGCCCACUACAGCUCACAGCGGGAGUGCCCCCUGGCGGCCGACGAGCUGCGCAUGGUGCGGACGGCACUGCUGGAGCUGGUUCGGGAGCUCCUGGCGCCCAGCUCCCUGGCCGAAGACCUGCAGGUGGUGCUGAGCUUCCUGGCAGCUGCGGGUGAUGCCGGCCAGGUGCUGGGCGCCCUGAACCUGCUGCUGAUCCUGCUGGGCUCCUCUGCCCAGGAGCUCGUGGCUGGCUUCCUGCUGGAGCCGGGAAACCUGGAGGUGCUGCUGGCACUGCUGGUGCGACUGUGGUCACUGCCCCAGCUGCCCAGGAGCAUCUGCAAGGUCCUGCACAGACUGCAGCAGAUGGAGCACCUGCCUGAGCACAGCCGCCAGCGGCUUUGGCUCCAAGAGGGUGGCCUCCAGGGGCUCAUCGCCUGCCUGCCAGAAGGGGCGGUCUCCCUCCAGCUCUGCCGGGGCCUCUACAAGCUGUUCCUGGGCACAGACUGCCUGAGCCUCUCAGACCUGAUGGCCGUGGUGCAGCUGUCCCUCCAGGCUGACCUCGGUGUCCGCCUGGACAUCUGUCGCAAGCUCUUCCACCUCUUCUACGGGCAGCCCGACAUCGUGCGGCUGCUGGCCCGGCAGGCUGGCUGGCAGGGUCCAUUCCCCUCGGAGCUGCCCGCCUCCCCAGAGCCAGCCUCACCCAAGCCACUCACCGAGUCCCCUGAACCUUCGGACGUCUUCCUGCCCUCGGAGGCCCCCUGCCCAGACCCCGAUGCCUUUUACCACGCUCUCUCCCCGUUCUGCACACCCUUGGACCUGGGCCUGGAACGGUCCAGUGUGGACUCGGGCAACAUCGCAGGUGGUGGCAGCGGGACCCUUACUCCCGCCAGCCAGCCGGGUACACCCUCCCCGCUGGAUGGGCCCCGGCCCUUCCCCGCUGCCCAGGGCCGCCACAGCUCCAGCCUCUCCAACGUGCUGGGGGACGGCAGCCUCCCCGAGCCCACCGCCAGUGGGGACGACACCUCUAAUACCAGCAACCCUCAGCAAACCCCUGAGGAGGAGCUGUGCAACCUGCUCACCAACAUGCUGUUCCUGGUGACGUGGCGGGGCGUGGAGGACAGUGACGAGGCCGCCUGGCGGGAACGUGGCCAGGUCUUCUCGGUGCUCACCCAGCUGGGGGCCUCAGCCACACUGGUGCGCCCCCCAGACUGCAUCAAGCGCAGCCUCCUGGAGAUGAUGCUGGAGUCAGCCCUGAGCGACAUCAAAGAGGCCCCGGCCGGGGGCCUGGCCAGCCUCACGCGGCAGGUGCUCUGGCUGCUGCGCCUGCUGCAGGACUUCCUGUGCUCAGAGGGCCAUGGCAACCAGGAGCUGUGGAGUGAGAAGCUCUUUGAAGGUGUGUGCAACCUGCUGGACCGCCUGGGCGCCUGGUCCCACCUGGCCAACGGCACGGCAGAUCUCCGAGAGAUGGCACAGAUUGGCCUGCACCUCGUGCUGGGCUACAUCCUGUUGGAGGACCCACAGCUGCACGCCCAGGCCUACGUGAGGCUGCACUCGCUGCUGCAGACCGCGGUGCCCAUGCGCCGGGAGGAGGAAGGGACCUGGAGGGCCAGGCUGCCUUUGUGGGGCCUGGGAGGAACCACGGGGCAUCUCCGCAGGGACCCGCCCACGCCCCGGUGGAAGAUGUCCAGGGCCGAGACAUACUCACGCAUGCGCCUGAAGCUGGUGCCCAACCAUCACUUCAACGCUCACCUGGAAGCCAGCGCCCUCCGCGACAACCUAGGCGAGGCCCCCCUAACACCCACCGAGGAGGCGGCGCUGCCUCUGGCGGUAACCAAAGAGGCCAAAGUCAACUCCGUGCCCGAGGAGCUGCCGGAAGACCCGCUGGGCGAGGAGGAGCCGGCCUCCCUGGAGACGGCGAUGGAGGCGGUGGAACUGGACGAGCAGCAUGAGAAGCUGGUGCUGUCGGCCGAGUGCCAGCUGGUCACGGUGGUGGCUGUGGUCCCGGGGCUGCUGGAGGUCACCACGCAGCACAUCUACUUCUACGACGGCAGCGCCGAGCGCGUGGAAACGGAGGAGGGCGUCGGCCACGACUUCCGGCGGCCGCUGGCCCAGCUGCGUGAGGUCUACCUGCGGCGCUUCAACCUGCGCCGCUCAGCGCUGGAGCUCUUCUUCAUCGAUCAGGCCAACUACUUCCUCAACUUCCCGUGCAGGGUGGGUGGGACUGCAGGCUCCGCUCCCUGCCAGGCCCCCAGGCCCCAGCCCGGCUCCAUCCCGCCCCACACCCAGAUGCGCAACCAGGUCUACAAGUGGCUCCUGCGUCUGCGGCCGCCUACCCAAGGCUACCUGAGCAGCCGCUCCCCGCAGGAGAUGCUGCGCGCCUCGGGCCUGACCCAGAAAUGGGUGCAGCGGGAGAUAUCCAACUUCGAGUAUCUGAUGCAACUCAACACCAUCGCCGGGCGGACGUACAACGACUUGUCUCAGUACCCUGUGUUCCCCUGGGUCCUGCAGGACUACGUGUCCCCAACCCUGGACCUCAGCAACCCGGCUGUCUUCCGGGACCUGUCCAAGCCCAUCGGUGUGGUGAACCCCAAGCAUGCCCAGCUCGUGAGGGAGAAGUAUGAGAGCUUCGAGGACCCAGCGGGCACCAUUGACAAGUUCCACUAUGGCACCCACUAUUCCAACGCAGCAGGCGUGAUGCACUACCUCAUCCGCAUGGAACCCUUCACCUCCCUGCACGUCCAGCUGCAGGGAGGCCGGAAAAAAAUCUCCACCAGCUUUGACUGCUCUGACCGGCAGUUCCACUCGGUGGCGGCGGCCUGGCAGGCCCGCCUGGACAGCCUGGCUGACGUGAAGGAGCUCAUCCCGGAAUUCUUCUACUUCCCCGACUUCCUGGAGAACCAGAACGGCUUUGACCUGGGCUGCCUCCAGCUGACCAAUGAGAAGGUAGGAGAUGUGGUGCUGCCCCCGUGGGCCAAAUCCCCUGAGGACUUCAUCCAGCAGCACCGCCAGGCCCUGGAGUCGGAAUAUGUGUCCACCCACUUGCAUGAAUGGAUUGACCUCAUCUUUGGCUACAAGCAGCGGGGCCCGGCCGCGGAGGAGGCCCUCAACAUCUUCUAUUACUGCACCUAUGAGGGGGCUGUGGAUCUGGACCAGGUGACCGACGAGCGGGAACGGAAGGCCCUGGAGGGCAUUAUCAGCAACUUCGGGCAGACUCCCUGCCAGCUGCUGAAGGAGCCGCAUCCAGCCCGGCUCUCCGCGGAGGAAGCAGCCCAGCGCCUCGCACGUCUGGACACGAGCUCGCCCAGCAUCUUCCAGCACCUGGACCAGCUCAGGGCCUUCUUUGCGGAGCUCAUCAGCGACGGUGUGCCCCUGGUGCUGGCCAUGGUUCCCCACCGGCAGCUUCACUCCUCCAUGACCCCAGACCUGCUGGUGACCGUGAGUGCCAACGGACUGCUGGGCACCCACAGCUGGUUGCCCUAUGAUCGCAACAUAAGCAACUACUUCAGGUUCAUCAAAGACUCCACCAAGGGGCAGCGGCUGCUGAGUGGCCCCUGGGUGCCGGGCAGUGGCGUGAGUGGGCAAGCCCUGGCCGUGGCCCCCGACGGAAAGCUGCUGUUCAGCGGUGGCCACUGGGACGGCAGCCUCUGUGUGACCGCGCUGCCGCGGGGCAAGCUGCUGAGCCAGAUCAACCGCCACCUUGACAUAGUGACCUGCCUGGCACUGGACACGUGUGGCAUCUACCUCAUCUCAGGCUCCCGGGACACCACCUGCAUGGUGUGGCAGCUCCUGUACCAGGGUGGUCUCUCGGUGGGACUGGCAUCGAAGCCCAUACAGGUCCUCUACGGGCACGAAGCUGCCGUGAGCUGUGUGGCCAUCAGCACGGAACUGGACAUGGCUGUGUCCGGAUCGGAGGACGGAGCUGUGAUCAUCCACACCGUACGCCGUGGCCAGUUCGUAGCAGCACUACGGCCCCCAGGCGCCAUGCCGCCCGGACCUGUGUCCCACCUGGCGCUGGGAUCUGAGGGCCAGAUCGUGGUGCAGAGCUCGGCGUGGGAACGUCUGGGGGCUCAGGUCACCUACUCCUUGCACCUGUACUCAGUGAACGGGCGGCUGCGGGCGUCCCUGCCCCUGGUGGAGCAGCCCACCGCCCUGGCGGUGACGGAAGACUUCGUUCUGCUGGGCACAGCCCAGUGUGCCCUGCACAUCCUCCACCUGAACAAACUGCUUCCGGCUGCGCCUCCCCUGCCCAUGAAGGUGCCCAUCCGCAGCAUGGCGGUGACCAAGGAGCGCAGCCACGUGCUGGUGGGCCUGGAGGAUGGCAAGCUUAUCGUGGUGGGCGCGGGGCAGCCCGCUAAGGUGCGCAGCAGCCAGUUCGCUCGGAAACUCUGGGGGUCCUCGCGGCGCAUCUCGCAGGUGUCCUCUGGGGAGACCGAGUACAAACCCGAGGAGGAGGGGUGACCACCUGCCCGUCCCAGCGCGGGCCCCGCCCCCAGCAAGGCUCCGCCCCAGCGGAGGCCCCGCCCAGGAGCCAGCGAAGCUGUCAGCUGGCACUCGGGGUGGGCGGUACCUCACCCCCACCCAGCUCAGGGAUUGGCGGGCGGAGUCACUCCCGGAAGUCCCGCCCCUCGCCGGCAGAGGGGCAUCCGGAAUCCCAGCCCGGGCCCGGGACUGCACAGCACUUUCUGCAGAGCCUGGGGCGGGGAACCCAGCCGUCCGAGCCCCGGUUCCGGCAGCACAGGGACCGGCCGUGGCCUUAACCCCAAGGCGGCCCCGCUCCCGUUCUCAGCAAUAAACGUGGCCUCGUUUUGUAGCU